AUGGCGAUAUCUCGAACUCUAAAGUUCAAUGGUAUAUUGAAAAGGUAUACCGAUGGAAUUUCACAAUGGAAAGCACUUCCAAGAACCAAACCCAAUUGCAUGAAUCAUGCUGUGUUGCUCACGGGAUCUACCGGAUCUCUCGGGGUUUAUCUCCUGAAUAUUCUCCUAGACGACCCAUCGAUAGGAAAGAUAUAUUGUUUGAAUAGAUCACAGGAUGCCGAAAGAAACCAGAUGAGGAGCCACCAGGAGAGAAUCUUGAGAACUUGGCGUGUGGACGAUGAUCGGGUUGAGUUUCUUCACGCGGUGUUCGGGGAUGAACAACUUGGUCUCCCUGAUACCAUGUACUGCAAACUACUUAACACAGUCGAUGUUAUCAUCCACAAUGCAUGGGACGUGAAUGUUAACCGCUCGAGUACCUCCUUCCAGCCGCUUAUCAAAGGUACACGCGACCUUCUUGAUAUCAGCACACAAGGCCGUUUCCGCCCGCAUUUCUUCUUUGUCUCUUCAAUCGGCACAAUACAGAAUUGGGUCUUGUCAAUGGGAGGUCCAUCGGCACCAGAAGACCUGAUUGAGGCCUCUGGUGCGUUUUUAAAUCAAGGUUAUGCAGAAUCAAAGCACAUUGCUGAGAGAAUCUGCUAUCAUGUGUCAACCAUGGUCGGUGUGCCAACAACCAUUCUGCGCGUGGGACAGAUUGCUGGACCGAGCUAUAGAGAGGGAAAUUGGAACACAAGCGAAUGGCUUCCCGCCUUAGUGGCGACUUCGAGAAGCCUGGGAAAGAUCCCGAAAAGUUUAGGGAAUGCUGAACGAAUUAACUGGAUUCCAGUUGACAUGGUUGCAGAUAUUAUAGAAGAGAUUAUGCACAAUCGGCUUGAAGAGCAGGAACAAUCCAUUUCUGCCUGCCUUCACUUAGUCAAUCCACACACAUCAACGUGGCAAGACCUCUUGCAUUCAAUCCAAUCAAAAUAUAAUCUGACCAUUGUUGACUUCACCGAAUGGAUCCAGGAACUUGAGCUGAUAAAAAACCCAACAAUGCAGGAUAUGCAGAGCAAACCUGGUCUCAAGCUGCUUAGCUUCUACCGUGACCUGAUAAAUGCCGAUGGAACAUCUUCCCAAAUAGAUGUAUCCAAAGCAAAGCGGGCAAGCACAACACUUACAGCCCUCCAGCCGAUAUCUGCAGAUAUGAUGGAAAAUUGGCUACGACAGUGGGAGGAGCUUGGAAAUGACUGCGACCAGUCUCGCAUCAAUGCUAACGGUUUGUCAUAACAGGAAACUGCCUGUUCGAAUCACAUUCAUUUUUCUGCUCACAGCU